UGAAAAUGAUUUUCAUUUUGCCCGUAAUAUUAUUGUUAUCCACAAAUAUCAAACAAUCAACAAGUGAUUUAAUUGAUCUACAUCAAAAUCUACCUAUUGAACAAUUAUGGAAAGAAAUUGAUGUUGUAUUACAAUUAAUGCAUAUGAAUCGUACGAUUGGUGAUUUAGUACCAACUGCGAUUGAUGAUUUUACUAGGCCAUUAGAAAAUAUAACUGGUUGUUAUGCAUUUGAAGUAAUCGAUCAUCAUCAAAGUAAUCAAACAACAUUUAUGAAUAUUUUCAAUAAAAAUCGUCCAUUUAGUGAUGUUGUUAAAUUUUAUUAUCAAGCAUUUCCUCAAAAUGAUAUUUCUGCCGAUUCAAUACGUGCAUUAUUAUUAUCAACACGUGAAAUUAUCAAUCUGUGUAUGAUAUUCGAGAAUAGAAGACAACAUCAAUCAGAUGAAAACUCGAUGAAAUUUGGUUUUACAGAACUUUCUGAUAAGAAUGAUGGCUAUAUGAAAAAUAUGCAAGGACUUUUAACGGAUGAAAUUUAUACGCCAGUAACGACAUUAUAUUAUCUUUGGUAUAAUGGCAUGAUUCGGCCAUCAACACAAUCAACAGCGUUGGAUGGCUCAAAUCCUGAAUGCGUUCGUUUUGUCGAUAAUUUACCGGAAUCAUUUGAUUGGCGUGAUAAGAAUGUUGUUACCGAUGUUAAAAAUCAAGGUGAAUGUGGUAGUUGUUGGGCAUUCGCCACUGUUGGAUCGAUUGAAUCAGCUUAUCUUAUUCAUAGUAAUAUGACAAAAGAUCAAAUUAAUCUGAGUGAACAAGAAUUGAUUAGCUGUGCACGUAGUAAUGGUUGCCAUGGUGGAACAUCAACGUUAUCAUUUGAUUUUGUUCGCCAUCAUGGUUUAACUUCGGGACAAGUUAUGCCUUAUCAAGCUAAAGAUGGUAAUGGUUGUUUACAUGCACCACCACCAUUGGCAGGUAUUCGUGGUUAUUGUGUUCGAAGUGAAAUACGUUAUUCAAAUCAAUAUUCAUCUGAAUAUCUUACCGAUGAUGAUAUUAGAAAUACAUUAGUAUCAUAUGGUCCACUUUAUAUUGGUGUUAAUGCUGAUAGAUUAUCAAGAAAUUAUCGUGGCGGUAUCAUUGAUGAUGAUACAUGUUCAAUGCGUGUUAAUCAUGCUGUAUUAUUGGUUGGUUAUACACCGGAUUCAUGGAUAUUGAAAAAUUCCUGGGGUAAAACAUGGGGUGAACAACAGGGCUAUUUUCGUAUUGCACGUGGUAAAAAUAUGUGCGGUAUCAAUACAGAAAUUGCUUAUCCAUUAGUGGUUUGAUUUUUUUUUUUUUUUUUAUAAAUAUGAAAUUUUUGGAAACAAAAAAAAAUUAAAUUA